ACGUGAUAAAUUCUGUUAAAGAUUUUGGGGUUGCAAUUUCUAACUUUCUUAAGCUUUCUUCAUUCGCAGAAGUCGAGUGGCAAAACACGAUGAGGAGACAGCUGGCGUUUGCCUUUGUGUUGUUUCUUCUCAAGCACAAAGUCAUCUACGCUACGAUGUGGCCGACUCAAGGAUAUUCAGAGCUCAACGUGUACUUGCAAGGAUUCACUCUUGAAUCGUCCAAGGUAGAAACAAUCUUUGAAUGUUACAGAAAGUGUGACGACAACAUCCAUUUUGCAAGCAUCAACAUGAACCUGAUGAACAAGACAUGUGAACUAAAGUACUCUACCAAGACCAGACACCCAGAGAACAUUGUUAGCCAACAAAACACCAUCUACAUGGAGAUACGGGAUGACCCUGCUCCAGGUUCGAGGCCAGAUAUACCAAUCACAUCUUGUAAGAAGCUCAAGGAGGAUGACAGCCAGGCAAAGUCAGGUGUUUACUGGAUGAAGUUCAAUGAGACAUCCUCUGCGCCAUUCCAAGUGUUCUGUGACAUGACCACCAAUGGAGGAGGCUGGACACUUGUCUACAGCUAUACAUUUACUCAGUACAGUAAUUUUAGAUCGUGGUCAAACGCAGUCAGUCCAAUACCAAACUGGCCUGUGAACACGUCUUCUGGGGCCUGGGUGUCACAGUCAACGACAACCCCGCUCAGUGAGUCUUCUUACUCGGCCAUGGAUUUUGCUUUGUGGAAGAAGAUUGGUAACGAGUUUCUUCUAAAGCCUAAUAUCACUAACUGGGUAGCCUGUGUAGACGGAACUGGAAGUCUUGUGAACUGGGUGCAAGGAAGUCUGACCUGUAGAGUUGUCAAGGCCAUUACACCAACCUGUAUCACUGUCACUCCAAACAUUAUGAAAACUUAUUCAUCUUGUGGGCCAAGUUUAUUCUUUAAUACAGACUACUACAUUUUUUUAGAAGGAACAACUGCCAAGUGCUUUCCUGUCCAUGAUCCUUGUGGUACCAGAUCUCCUGGUAAUCACCUGACCAAUGUAGACAAUCCUGGUGGAGCGAUUUACAUUCGCUGAGAGAUACCUCACAUAUGGAAUGUGUUCAGCCACAGAAGGCUAAACAUGUAUUACGCUCUCCGAGAGUGACAAAAACUGGGUGGUAACUUACCAACUUCAUURAACUUCAUUGCAGUGUAUUGUGGGACUGUAAGAUUUUCAAGAUGUUUAGUUCCCUAAAUCAGUCUCACAAUGCACUGCAGUGCCAACUCGACCCAAUUUUUUCCUUAACCUUGCAAUGCCUAAUUAGCUACACAAAUAUCAUAACGUAGCUUAGUUUAUAUUGAAGAUCUUUCAAGAUUUACAUAUCAUUCGGGACUUGAUGAUACGAUAGUAAAAAAAAUUCUGAACUGAUUGAAAUAGCACUAUUUGAGUGACUUGAAAUGAACCUGGCAAGCCUAUAACUGAUGAGUCUAUUCUCAUCAUUACGAAARGAAAGUUAGCUUGGUACGUAACAAAUGUUCUUAUUGUACAGAUAAAAAAAUGACACUUGAGAGAA